CUCUAGAGCUUCUGCUGAUGAUGCUGGGAGCGCGUGUCAUAUCUAGAACAGAGUCCGCAAGUGGGAGGUGUGCACGAGCGCAGCGUGUGGUGGAACUGGAGUCACACUAUAUUUUCUAUUAAAAGAUCAGUGGGCAGCGCACCUUUCUCUUUUUAAUAGACAGUCACUACACAUCACUGAACACGAACAACCGUCAAUUAUUCUUACUGCGGUCCGCCGUGAAGAAUUAACAUUGUUGAUACAAGUGGGCGCAGCAAACCAGGCUUGUGAUGUGACAAGCGCGCACUAUGAGCAUUUCGCAGGACAUCUCUCUAGGUCGCAUUUGACAACCUUGACACACCGUUAUUUUGGAGAAUAAAAACUAUCGAAUUGUAAGUCGUAUUAUCAAGUUAAUCGUGGAGACUGGAGUUCGCUUCUCGAUGUGUCAGUGAUAAUUGAACAAUACAGAAGAAGUGGUGUGGUUUGUGUCCAUGCUGCAGCGAUAACCAGGUGCCUCGGGUCUACAAUGAUAAGACAAUAAAUGGCAGAGAUAGGACAAAAUGUGGCAAGAGGAAGAGAAGAAGGAGAUGAUGGAGUGGGAGGUUUAAGGCCACCUCAUGACCCCCAGAGCCCUGCCCACUUUCCCUUUUCUGCUCCCCCAGUUAGGGCCCACCAUGUCGGGCUCAGGAGGGGCAUCGUGAUCCAGCUAACAGGCACAGAGGGUGAGUGGGACAGUCUGGAUGACAACGAGCUCAUCUUCCCCCUUGAACACAACGAUUAUGACGACCAGACUCCCUACAUUUCCCUCUCCAAGGAGAGACAGAACUCCAUGGAAGAGGAGAACCAACACUGCCUGCACUCCCCAGCCUUCCACGUACCCCUCUCCCCCUCCUCACCUGGGUCCCUGGGGGACUGCUCCAACUCAGCCCCCAGCUUCCUCUCCCCCAGCCCAACCACCCCCACCCACCGGCCACUGGCUAGCCUGGUCAAGUCCCUGUCCACGGAGCUGGAGCUCCCUCAUGGCUCAUCCCUCAGACCCAGGCCCUUCCUCAGCCUAGUCAAGUCCAUCUCUACUGAGAUCUCCCGCUCAGAGCCAGAGGUGUCGCAGUCCAAGUCUGACUCCCGCCUCAACCUGCACCUGCAGUGGAAGAACCUGACUCAGCCUAAGGGAAGGAGUGACGGAGACUCCCGUACCGCGCCACCCUCGCCCAUCGCUCUAUCCCCGUCCGAGGGCACCAAGGCAGGCUUCUUCAAGAUGGAGCUGGAGGACACGAAGCGAAAGUUCUCUGAGGCCAUGCAGGAGCCUAUGUUCAGUAAACCUAUCAGUAUUUUCAGUAAGAUCAUGGGGGAUGAGAAGGAGAAUGCAGCAGCAGGCAGCCCCAAGCACCAGAGAGCUACAGGGACUCACUCAGCUGGCUCCCCCAGCUCCAGAGGUGUCUAUGUGGGGAGGAUGGAAAGCACGGAGGUGGGCAUCACAGAGUCUCCGCUGCGGAGCGCCAAGAGAACGGAUGGUGACUCUCCGCCGGUAUUUGACUGGCCGUGUGUCAAACACCCAAAGAAGGGUCUGCCCACUAGAACAUGUUCUGUCCACGAUCACCACAAUAACAAACCCAACGACAAUUCAGAGGAACUGGAGAUCUGCACCUACGAUGAAGUCAUGCAGGUUGUUGCCAUUGAGAGUCAUCAUCACAGGCGCCCGCGGAGAUUGCCUGGUUCACUGAUCUCCUCAGGACCCCAUCGUGUGGUUGUUCAACCCACCUCUCCACCUCCUCCACCACACAUGGUGUUGUUCUGUGUGGCUGUGUUGUCCUACGCCUACUUCAUCCUUCCCCUGGGCCCCUAUAUAUCAGGCCUGGCUCUGGGCAUGGCCUUUGGCUUCCUGCUGGGGCUGCUGCUCAUCAGGUUGGGCUCAACUAGACACACAGCUCAGCCACAUCCACACAGAGACGUUCAGGCCCUGACUGAGGUUGUUAAGCAGGCUGAUACCCUCGGCAACGAAUCAGACGUCCUCAAGGGCUGGCUGAACGAGAUGUUUGAGUACGACCCAGAGACCUACCACCUGUCCCUGACCCACUCUGUGUUCGCCAGCCUGGAGGGGCACUGCCUUCGCCUGGACUACCCCAGGAACAACAUCAGCCGCAGAGCCACCUACGAUGAAAAGCCUCCCGAGGCUGCGGUUGUCAGCACACGCUGCUUCCAGCUACGACACAGCAAGGUGUUCCUGCUGCCCUCUGAGCUAGCCCGUAAGAGGCUGUGGAACCUGAAGUAUCCUAUCUGCAUUGAGCUGGCAGAGGGAGAGGGGGUCAUGGAGGAGGGGAGGGGCACAGUGGAGACCCCAAAAGAGGAGCAGGGGGGAGACCCCCAACUCCAAACACGACCCACCUCCAACCCCAAACCAGCAGCCAACCUCCCCACAACCCUAUACCUCUUCGGACGGACAGGAAGAGAGAAGGAGGAGUGGUUUCAUCACUUCCUGUCCGCGUCCAUGGUAAUGGAGAAGGAGAAGGAGAAUGAGAGGCCUGGCAGAUGUGUUUGCAGAUCAGAUGUGCCGGUAUUGCGAGGGGUGAGCCCAUCAAGACGGUCCCAGGACAGCAGAGGUUCCAGCAGGAUUGGGAGCACUGAAGAGGACCUCCCCGUUCCCCCUUCUGCCCCCUCCAUCCAACCAUCCAGGGUGGGCUCUCAACUGCUGGACUACCCCACCUACAUGGCUCGAUUCCUGCCCUCAGAGCAGCCCAGCCCCCUGCCCAGUCCACCCCUCAACAGCACAGAGACAAGCCCCACCAACAAAGUGAGGUGCACCUGUGAUUUCCCAGAGUUCCCGGUGGAGGACAACACUGACUGGGUCAAUGCACUGAUUGGUCGAAUAUUCUGGGACUUCCUGCGUGAGAAAUAUUGGGCGGACAUUGUCUCCAGAAAGAUCCAGAAAAAGUUGAGCAAAAUCAGACUGCCUUACUUCAUGAAUGAGCUGACUCUGACUGAACUGGACAUGGGCUCCUGUCUGCCCCAAAUCACCAGUGCGUCCAGACCUGUAGUCAACAGCAGAGGCUUGUGGCUGGAGCUGGAGGUGGUAUACACUGGGGCCCUGCAGAUGACCCUGGAGACCAAGAUCAACCUGUCCAAACUGGGCAAGGAGGGCAAGGAGGGAAGCCUGGACACUGACAGCCUCACUGAUACUGGCAGCCUGGGGUCCAGACCCGUCCUCAGUGUUUUGGCUGACAGUGAUGAAGAGUCCUCCAGCGCCGGCUCUUCUGAUGAGGAGGAAGUACUGCUCUCAGAGCACCAAAGCAUUGUGGGAGAAAAGGGGACUCUACCUGGUGCUGAAGGGAUUGCUGUUGGUGGCGGGAGGACAGGCAGGCGGAUUUUGAGAUUUGUAGACAAAAUUGCUAAGUCUAAGUACUUCCAGAAGGCGACAGAGAAUGAGUACAUCAAAAAGAAGAUUGAGGAGAUGUCCAACACGCCCCUGCUGCUGGCAGUGGAGGUUCAGGAGCUUUCUGGAACACUGGCUGUCAACAUCCCUCCUCCCCCUACUGAUAGAAUAUGGUACGGACCACACUCAACAUCCCUCCUCCCCCUACUGAUAGAAUAUGGUACGGCCCACACUCAACAUCCCUCCUCCCCUACUAAUAGAAUAUGGUACAGUUUCUGUCUCUUCCUCUUUUACUCUCCCCUGCCUCCCCUUCCCCCCAAAUCCCAAAAAGUAUUUGUGCUGCCCAACAUGGACGAUAUCUACCUGCCUCUGAUGCAUUCUGGGAUGGACAGUCCUCCAGCUGGGCUGCUGGAGGAGUGUCCAGCCCAGUCGUCACACUCACAACACUCCUCCAUGGAGUCCAUCGAGAGGAUCUCCCAGGACAAUACUACUCUCACAGAUGAGUGCCACCUGCCUCCUAACUUGUGUCUGCAUUCUCCUCAUCUUCCUCCGGAGGGCGCUAGCAAUGGCUCUGUGGUUCUGUCUCUGGGACUCCACCUGCUGCUUCAGCCGCCUAGGAGCACCACAGUCCAUGGGGCAGAGCUGGAUCCAGGGCUGACCGGUGCACCAAGGAACUCCUCAGACAGAUAA